AUGUAUUUAACAUCCUCCUCAUCAUCGAUACAGCAGGGUAUCAGAUCCGGCGUCGAUACAGCAGGGUAUCAGAUCCGGCGUCGAUACAGCAGGGUAUCAGAUCCGGCGUCGAUACAGCAGGGGAUCAGAUCCGGCGUCGAUACAGCAGGGGAUCAGAUCCGGCGUCGAUACAGCAGGGUAUCAGAUCCGGCGUCGAUACAGCAGGGUAUCCGAUUCGGCGUCGAUAUAGAAUGGUAUCAGAUUCGGCGUCGAUAUAGCAGGGUAUCAGAUUCGGCGUCGAUACAGCAGGGUAUCAGAUUCGGCGUCGAUACAGCAGGGUAUCAGAUCCGGCGUCGAUACAGCAGGGUAUCAGAUCCGGCGUCGAUACAGCAGGGUAUCAGAUCCGGCGUCGAUACAGCAGGGUAUCAGAUCCGGCGUCGAUACAGCAGGGUAUCAGAUCCGGCGUCGAUACAGCGGGUAUCAGAUCCGGUCGUCGAUACAGCGGGCAGAUCGGCGUCGAUACAGCGGGGUAUCCAGAUCGGCGUCGAUACACAGGGGUAUCAUCGGCGUCGAUACAGCAGGGUAUCAGAUCGGCGUCGAUACAGCAGGGUAUCAGAGGGUCGGCAGAUCGAUAGGCGUCGAUACACGGGGUAUCAGAUCGGCGUCGAUACAGCAGGGUAUCAGAUCGGCGUCGAUACAGCGAAAUUGUCAGAUCGGCGUCGAUACAGCAGGGUAUCAGAUCCGGCAUUCGAUACAUACAGCGGGUAUCAGAUCGGCGUCGAUACAGCAGGGUAUCAGAUUCGGCGUCGAUACAGCAGGGUAUCAGAUUCGGCGUCGAUACAGCAGGGUAUCAGAUCCGGCGUCGAUACAGCAGGGUAUCAGAUCCGGCGUCGAUACAGCAGGGUAUCAGAUCCGGCGUCGAUACAGCAGGGUAUCCGAUUCGGCGUCGAUAUAGAAUGGUAUCAGAUUCGGCGUCGAUAUAGCAGGGUAUCAGAUUCGGCGUCGAUACAGCAGGGUAUCAGAUCCGGCGUCGAUACAGCAGGGUAUCCGAUUCGGCGUCGAUAUAGAAUGGUAUCAGAUUCGGCGUCGAUAUAG